AUGGCAGCCGCCCCAACAUCAGCCCCACUGCCUUUCUCGGUCUCUGGUAAGACCGCAAUCGUAACCGGUGCUGGCUCUGGCAUCAACCUCGCCUUCGCACGCCUACUCCUCUCACGCAACUGCAACGUCGUCUUCGCCGACCUCUCGCUCCGGCCCGAAGCGCAAGCCCUCGUCGACGAGUACUCGACGCCGUCAGCCGAGUCGCCGCGCGCCCUCUUCGUCAAGACGGACGUAUCUUCGUGGCCGGCGCUGCGGCAGCUCUUCACGGCGACGCUCGCGGCCUUUGGCGACUUCGACAUCGUCUGCCCGGGGGCCGGCGUGUACGAGCCGCACUGGUCCAACUUCUGGCACCCGCCGGGCUGCUCGGCGGCGGCGCGCGACGACGUCGACGGCGGCCGCUACGCGCUGCUCGACAUCAACGUCACGCACCCCAUCCGCGCCACGCAGCUGGCCCUCUCCCUAUGGCUGCAUCCCGCACCAGCCGCAUCAGACUCGGAUCCUUCUGCUACGAAACAGCCCGUCAAGGCCAGCCCGCUCAACCCCAAGCGCGUCGUCCACAUCAGCAGCGUCGCCGGCCAGGUGCCCAACUUCAACGCCCCGCUGUACGCCGCCAGCAAGCACGCCAUCUCGGGCUUCGUGCGCUGCCUCGCGCCGCUGGAGCCGACGGCCGGCGUGCGCGUCAACGCCGUCGCCCCCGGCAUCAUCCGCACCCCGCUGUGGACAGAGCAUCCGGAGAAGCUGGCCUUCAUCAACCAGGAGACGGACGGCUGGGCGACGGCCGAGGAGGUCGCCGAGGCCAUGCUGCGCUGCGUCGAGGAGCCGGCGUUGGUGGGUGGCUCGAUUUUGGAGGUGGGCAAGGAUAAUACGAGGACCGUCGAGUGCUUCAAUGAUCCUGGCCCCGAUAGGGACCCGAAGAAGGGGUUGAUCGUGAGUAAUGGUGCGAAGGGGACUGAGGAGAUUUGGGGCUGGUUGGGGGAUGAGGCGGUCUGGAGGCUGAAGGAUAACUCGUAG